GAAAAAUGUGAAUUAGCGAAUUGAGAACGAUUGAGAAUUAAUUUUACGGAGUACGAAGAUGCGAAUGCAUUUGCAACCGACGAGAGAAUUUCGUAAUUCGUCCACCGUCGGCGUCGGCUACAUGCAACAUAUUUUUUGACGACGAAACGUCGAAAUAGAGUAAUUUACAGACAGUUGGAAGAAUAAUUAUUAUAGUAAUAGGCCCUAAUAUCGAUUAUCGAGGAGAUGUAUCGGAGUGACUGAGUAAAAUAAGAAAUACACGCUGCCAAUUCGCUGGCGCUAUGAUAAAGUGAAGUACUGCGGAGACCUGGCGACCUGACGACGACGACUCGAGUGCGGAAAGUAUGGAUUCGCGAUCUAGUCCAGCGGUGAAGCCGAGUACUUGCCAACCGCUGUCAACUUCAUUUUUAGGCGGUGCGGUUGCCGGUGUAUCUGUAGACAUCGCGUUGUAUCCGUUAGACACGCUCAAGACUCGUUUACAAAGUCAGUACGGAUUUUGGAAUUCCGGCGGUUUCAAGGGCAUUUACAAAGGAGUCGGACCCACCAGUAUAGGCUCGCCUCUUUCCGGUGGAUUAUUUUUCGGCACCUACGAAGCGGUCAAAAAAGUACUACCGGCUGAAAUUCCAGAACACUACUAUCCCGUCGUACACAUGUGCAGCGCUUCCUUCGCUGAAAUUGUGUGUUGCGUUGUUAAAGUUCCGAUGGAAAUAGUCAAACAACGCCGUCAAGCCUCGUAUAAAAACAUGUCGUCGAUUCAAAUCCUAAUCUCGGCUGUGAAACGAGAAGGCGUUUACGGUCUUUACAGAGGUUACGGCAGCACCGUAUUGCGCGACAUACCGUUCUCCGUUAUCGAGUUUCCAAUCUGGGAAUGGUUGAAGAAAACGUGGAAAACGAAAACGCAACGAGAGCUGAGCGCGGUCGAAGUGGCCGUGUGCGGCGCCGUAGCCGGCGGCGUUGCGGCGGCUUUAACCACUCCUCUGGAUGUAGUCAAAACGCAAAUUAUGCUGUCGGAAAAUGUCUCUGCUCGCCAUACAACCAGCCCCAGCAUAUCGAGUUUUAUGCGUUCUAUUUAUCGUCAGCACGGUUUUACAAGACUGUUCGCCGGAUUUGUUCCUAGAAUAACGAUGAUAAUGCUGGGCGGCGGAAUUUUCUUUGGCGUUUACGACGAGAGCUGUAAAUUAGUCAACCAACACGUUAGUUAGCCGUAGGGCAUAGCGUUUUUUUUUACUUUGGUUUUAAAUGUUUACUACUCGUAUUACUACAUACCUAGACGUAUCUAAUCGUAUGUUGGUUUGAAUUUGUUACUACGGUUGUCCGCUAACUGUUCUUUUGUUCCCUUCUGUUCUGUUCUGUGUUCUUUUUGCGUUGUUUUGUUUUGUUUCGUGUCUAAUUCGCGAACCCGUGUCCCGUAGCGUAUUAGGCUACCGUAUGUAUUACUGCUAUAUGCGACAUUCGUGUGUUUGCGACCAACAUACGAGUAUGUAUUUUUGUACUAACAAGAUUGUUAAGAGUGCGAGAUGAAGAUACGUAAAAACAAAAAGAAAAAAAGAAAAAAUUCGA